CAUGAAAAAGUAACAUUUGCAAUGUGGCAGUGCGAGGAGCUUUUAACCACAUGUUGCAUGUUGUUAGGCACAUCUGCUAUUCUUUUGCAGAUUUUUGGCGAUCAAUAUUAGCUACGGAGAAUGUAGGAUCCCGACUGCUGCAACGGAAUUAAAACUAAUUCGUCCACUGGCCACUAGUAGGUUAACUUUUUUUAAUCUGAGGCCAAAGAAGUUUUUAUAAUUUUUUUCUUUAAAAACUUUUACAUAUUUCAAACCUGCAUAAUAUGAGUUAAAAUCUGAACAACCAUGUACAUAAUUUGAAUAAUAAUACAAAAAAUAUUAAUUUCCACAGGAGGGCGAGGCAGAUGAUGAUGAUGGCAACCGGCCAGAGAAGAGCGAAUGUUUUUUUGCAGGAAAAUCCGCUGCAAUGGGUCUUACCUUCAAGGAUAUUCCAGUUAAAACCAGCGAACGUCGGCCCAGUACAGAUUCGGCAAAAUCAACGAAUAGCACACAAAGUAAUAAUUCUGAUAUACAGCAACAUUUACAAUCAAUGAUUGAUCUACUUUAUCCUGAGGAAACCUUGAAGAUGGCAGUUAAAUUGGAGUCCCAACGACCGAAUCGCACAAGGUAUCUAGUGAUUGUAUCACGUUGUUGUUACCGCCCUACAACCACCGAUCGAAAGAAUAAAAUAAUGCGGCAUAAUUCGACUAAAGCAAGCAAUGCAAUAACAUCAGCAACCACUGUUACAAUGCGUCAAUCAUCAACAGAUAGCAUACAGCGAACGACACCACAACAACAGUCACAAACUGAAUCAAGUAGCGGUGGAGAGGAAUCAACAGAUGCUCAUGAGAAGCGCUUGUCGAGCGUAUCUUUGCCGGCGAAAGCAUCUCAACACCAGAGCUUCAAAAGCGACUCUGAUAAAAUGAACGCAUCGGGCGAUAGCAAGGUAUGUGAGGAUGGUGUCGAAGAAUCCUGUCUUUUGGGUAUCGAUUGCAAUGAACGCACCACAAUUGGCCUGGUUUUGCCAAUACUUGCCGAUACGACAAUACAUCUUGAUGGCGAUGGUGGCUUUAGCGUUUCAGUAUACGGUAAAACACACAUUUUUAAACCCGUUUCCGUGCAAGCCAUGUGGUCUGCAUUACAAACUUUACAUAAAGUAUCGCAAAAGGCUCGUGAGAAUAAUUUUUAUCCACGUGGUCCAUCGCACGAUUGGACUUCUUACUAUGAUAGUCACAUUGAGUCAGAACAAUCUUGCCUAAAUGAAUGGAAUGCAAUGGAUUCACUAGAAAGCCGACGCCCUCCAUCGCCAGAUGCCAUAAGAAACAAACCAACUGCGAAGGAGGAAACGGAAAGCACAAUCAAAAUGAAGCUAAAGGAAAUAAUGAUGUCGGUAGAUUUAGAUGAAGUGACUUCCAAAUACAUACGUGGUCGACUUGAAGAGCUUCUGGAUAUGGAUUUAGGCGAGUUUAAAUCGUUUAUCGAUGAGGAAAUGUUAACAAUACUAGGUCAAAUGGAUGCCCCAACAGAGAUAUUCGAUCACGUUUAUCUUGGUUCGGAAUGGAAUGCCAGUAAUUUGGAAGAGCUGCAAAAGAAUGGAAUACGCCAUAUUCUGAAUGUAACACGAGAGAUCGAUAAUUUUUUUCCUGGCGUCUUUGAUUAUUUCAAUGUGCGAGUUUAUGAUGAUGAAAAGACGAAUCUGUUAAAGCACUGGGACAACACAUUUCGUUACAUAACACGUGCCAAAUCGGAGGGCUCCAAAGUACUCGUUCACUGUAAAAUGGGUGUCAGCCGAUCAGCGUCGGUUGUAAUCGCCUAUGCUAUGAAGGCAUACAAUUGGGAAUUCAAACAUGCACUUCAACACGUUAAGGAACGCCGAAACUGCAUAAAGCCUAAUAAGAAUUUCCUUAAUCAGCUGGAGACUUACCGUGGCAUGUUGGAUGCAAUGAAGAAUAAGGAGAAACUGCAGCGCAGUAAAAGCGAAACGAAUUUGAAGAGCACAAAGGACGCGCGCCUGCUGCCAGGCAGUGAGCCAACGCCACUCAUACAGGCGCUCAACCAGUCCAAAUCAAAAUCAACCGGAGGACAGGAAGAUGUGACCUGUGGGGAUAGCGCAGUGGAAAGUGCCGACAGAAGCAUUAUAAGUACUAAAGGCGUGGGACGGUCUAAAACCCCAAUUGGCAAUGACGGUGGCGGCACGAAUGAAGCCAAGCAACGUAAUAUUACAGUUGAAAUGGUUGCCAUGUUUAAAAUUGUAUCGACGAAGUCCACAUAA